AUGGCCUCCCAAGCGCAGCAAGAGCCGACUCCCGACGCAGAGCACUGUUCGUCUGCGCACCCAGACGGUUAUGGUCACGAGCUUUACCGCCACGAUCACGAUCACCACCAUGGGCUAAGGGGAGAUUACAGCCGCAAAGAGGGAGGCGACGACGAGAACAAAAUCGCCAUGCAAGCCUCUGCAAAGCACGCUGAAGAGACGCUCGCUCCCUUUCUCUCCGAACACAUUCCCACCCAAUACAACCCAACUGGAGCCGAGUCGAGGACUCAGCAGGACGAUCGUGAAGAGCCGAACGCGAAUACCAAGUUCUGCUACCGCCAUCGGCCAGAUCUGAAGUGCCGCAGGCAAGCCAACGAGCCGUCAAUGGAGCAGUUGCAGAACGAGCUGGGAACUCUUUCGCAGUCAGACCAACAAGCCAUCUCCCAUGUCUGGUCGCUCUUUUCCGCCGCGCCCGCCAAACAUCGCAACCUGAUGCUUCAAGGCAUCCUCACGCAAUGCUGCUUCCCUCAGCUAUCUUUCAUCUCCGCCAACAUCCGCGAUCUCAUCAAGAUCGACUUUCUAUCAGCCCUGCCCGCCGAGCUUGGCUUCAAAAUCCUAUGUUACCUCGACACCGUCUCGCUUUGCAAGGCGGCCCAAGUUAGCCAACGAUGGAGGCGUCUGGCAGACGAUGAUGUUGUCUGGCACAAGAUGUGUGAACAGCACAUUGACAGGAAAUGCACAAAAUGUGGAUGGGGACUGCCAUUACUGGAGCGCAAGAGGCUGCGCGCGGAGAAGAGACAGGUACAAUUGCGUGCUACUGGCAGAGGUUUAAACGAAUGGUCACCAGCCAUUACUCCAGUCCCGGAAGAGCCCAGCGUAGUUGCGGAGAGUUCGAAACAAGGAGCUGCUCCGGACGCGGCUAGCUUGAAACGUGCCUUGGAAGAAGGCUCCUGCUCCCCUGAGGCUAAGAAGGUCUGCAUGGCUUCGCCGCCAAAGGCCCGAUCUAGGAGCGAAGCAAGCGAGGCUCCCCAAAAACGACCAUGGAAAGAUGUUUACAAAGACCGAUUCAAGGUUGGGACAGCCUGGAAAUACGGACGGUGUACUACCAAGGUCUUCAAAGGCCACACGAACGGAGUCAUGUGCCUGCAGUUUACCGACAACGUCUUGAUCACAGGCUCCUAUGACACAACGGUGAAGGUGUGGGAUAUCAAUACCGGCGAGUGUGUGCGGACCAUGAACGGUCAUACAAUGGGGAUUAGGUGCCUCCAGUUCGACUCCUCUGGCCAGCUCAUGACUGGAGGACUGAACGGCGAGAUGUAUCUUUGGAACUGGAAGACUGGACAACGCCUUCGGAGCUUCCCACAGCACGGCGAUGGGAUUCUAUCUUUGCACUAUACCACCCGAUAUGUCGCAUCUGGGUCGAGAGACAGCACAGUGCGUGUUUUCGACAUGGGAUCUAGUGUCGAUAAGCGAACUCAGCGUAACUUCUCACGCUCGUUCGUACUGCGCGGACACCGCGAUUGGGUGAAUUGCGUCAGGAUCGAUGAGGCAUCGCGUACCUUGUUCUCAGCAUCGGAUGACUGCACCAUCAAAUUGUGGGACCUUGACACCGGCGAAUGUAUAAGAACAUUUGAAGGCCACGUCGGGCAGGUGCAGCAAGUGGUGUUGAUGCCAAUCGAAUUCGAGUUGGACGGCCACAGAAGCUCUACCGGUGAAAGGGACGACGAUGCUAGCAGUGUUAGCUCCGUCACCAUCGCCGCUUCGCACCAGGAUAUUUCUAGGCAUCACGAGGAGUCGACCAGCUCACCUCAACAAGGCGAAUCGUUCUGGCCAAAUGAUCCGGAGCGACCUGCGCCCCCGCGAUACAUGUUGACUGGUGCGUUGGAUUGUCACAUCCGCUUGUGGGAUACACAUUUCAGACCUCCCCCAGCUCGCCAUCCGACACCGCAAUCCCAUGACGAGUUCGAGAUCCUGCCGACGGAUCCGCUGACCAACUCUCACUUUCCGCGCGCCCAAGCCUGCAUCCGCACAUUUUUUGGUCACGUCGAGGGCAUCUGGGCAUUAUCAGCUGAUCACCUGCGGUUGGUCUCUGGGGGUGAGGAUCGCAUGAUGAAGGUCUGGGAUCCCCGGACGGGCAAGUGUGAACGAACUUUCACGGGACAUCAGGGCCCCGUCACCUGCUCCUGGCUGAGUGACAGCCGCGUCGCCAGUGGAAGCGAAGACUGCGAAGUUCGAAUGCUCUGCUUCGGUGAUGAGUGA